UCAUGUUUUUGUUUUCCUGCGUACUCUACCAACCCUGUCCUGUUGAUAUACAGCCUAUCUGCUAUCUAGUAGAUCUGAAGAGAAGUGGCUAUUUUUAGACCACGCUUUCUUUGACUCGAUUUACUUCCCUUUUCCAGCGGAGUUUCUUGUUUCCCCGUUCAAGAUAGUUAUUGAUCAACAUUUUCACAAGUUGUUGCAUAACUUCUGACGACGCUUGAGAAAUAUUGGUUUAAAAAAAUUCAUUUUGUAUGUGGAGGUCUUGACUUGGACAGAUUCAACCGAUUCAUGUGAAGAUUUAGCUGUAACAGUAGACAGUGUAGACACAAGAACAGUCUACAAGAUUUGAUUGUAGCCCAGAGCUGUGUACAGAAGUCAAGAGUCGAGACCUUACAGGGCUGACAGUUCCAUUCACAAGAUGCCUGCCAUUAACCCAACUGACAAACAAGGAGGAAAGGCGUUCGGCGAGUAUAUGAGAAGAUGGGAAGCAGAAAUAGACGAAAUUAAUAAGGAAUUUCUCUGUGACGACUGUUACAGCGAGGAUGAAGAUCUCGAGUUCAAACUGAAAGAGUACAAAGUGAAGUUUAUUGAAUGUGAUCAAGAUUUAUCUGGUGAUCUGAAUGUCAUGGACGUGAAGUACCUGCUCCAGAAGCUGGGCCAGGCUAAGACCCACCUGGAGGUGAUGAACAUGAUCAAGGAGGUGGACUCCACCCACAAGGACGCCAUCAACUACACCGACUUCGUCAAGAUGAUGUUGGGCAAGAAAUCAAGUGUCCUCAAAUUCAUUCUCCUCUUUGAAGGACUUGGUAAAGCCAAAGAACAACCCAAAGGGAUACCACCCAAGCGUGAUAUCUCUAGCCUCCCUUGAAGUUCUAAAAAUAGCAUCACUCUAUACAAUCUGCUUUUUAACUAGCAAGUGCUUGGCCAACUGUAAACAAAAGCCAUGCAAGAAAACUCUCAUGGUGCUUUAUUCAUAAAUCCAGCAUUUAGUGUAUGUACAAAACACAAAUGUCACAAGAACACGGUUGAAAAUGUAACUUCUUACCAUUUUGUUAUUUGUAUGUGUUAUUUAAUAGCUGUUGAAUUACUUCAUUCUUUUUAUUAAACAUUUAUGGAGAUUAGUGUAAAACCAGUUUUAUUUUCUAUUCAGUCCUAAAAUGGCAUAUUAGAUUGAAUUUUAGCUUAGUUGCUAAGAAAAUGUGUAUUGCUGAACAAUUUGAAUAUUGUAUAUUAAAUUAUGUGUUAUUUGUUAUUCAGCAUAAAGGUAUGACCCAACAUUUGACAUGUGUCCACUAAAGAGCUAAACUGUUCUUUAACCCUUCACUGUCCAGUAUUCAUGUGUGCUAAUUUAUAGUUUUGACCAAGAGAAAAAAACAUUCUUAGAAUUUAAAAUCAAAUGUUUCUAAUUUUUUCAUUCUGCAUUGUUUUCUGAAAAUUAAAUGUUUGGGUUUUAGUGCAUUGACCUCUGAACCUUGAAUGUUAUGAUUGUACAAAAGUUAACACUAGUAGGCUAUAUUUGAAAGACAAUCUAAAAUGUUGUCCAAUUUUAAUUAUUUUAUAAUAACUUAAAUUAAUUAUUAUGUUUUAUUUGAGGAAUAUUAUACAAAAGUUUAUUGUUUAGCAGUAAAUAUAUAAUAUAACUACUACAAUUUUGUAUAAAGUAAAACAUGAACUUAUGCAAGUUUAAUACAGGUAUGGUCUGUGUGUGCUGAUUGUACAUACAGUUUUAAACUUUAAAAAUGUAAAAAUGUCAUUGUAUGUGAAAAUAUAUAUUUUUUAAAUGUAUGUAAGUGCGUAAAUGUUUUAUUACAAUUUUAUUGAAAUUUUAUGAUUGACUUUUUAUUUUUCGUAUUAAAUAUAUGUUUAAUGUAAUAUCUAAAAUGUUCAUUAUACUUUUAUUGUAUUUCAGCUACAUGUUUUUUUUUUAUUUUAAAUAGAUUGAAUAUUAAAAAAUACUUUUUGCU